AUGUUUUCCCCUCCACACAUUUCUUCUAUUCUUCUAUUCUUCUAUUCUUUUUUUCUUUUUUUCUUUUUUUGUCUUUUUCCUUUUUCGUUUCUUGCUUUCUGCCUUCUGCUGUGUUUUUGUCAUGGGUCAAUUUCAUUCCAGCCAGGCCAGCUCUGCCCCGGAACAAGAGAAAAAAACCGAUUACUAUGA